GUCACAUUUCACAUUUCAGUCUAGCACUUUAAAAGACUUGAUAUUCAUUUAUAUUUGCCGCUUUCUUUGAAUACAUUUUCGUGUGUGUUGGUUCUGGUGGUUGGCACGUGUAGUGUUUGACUAAAAAUUAGUAAAAAAGUACAAAAAAUCUGACAUUGAAAAAUAUUUAAUCUCUACUAAAAAUGGAGCGAGAGGAAUUCUAUGGAGUGACGCUUAGCGAAAAGGAACCUUUGGCGCAAUAUGAAAUGGAAGAGCCAACUACUACCGCCGAAGACCAAAAAUUGGUAAUCAAGCAGAUUUGCCUUGGUGCUGAAGCUAAAAACGGCGAAUUCAAUGUAGUACAGGUGGAAACAAGAAUUAAUCAAAAAGAGACAUUAAAAAUACCAAUUGCGGUGCUUAAAGCUGGAGAAACGCGCGCAUUACGUCCGAAUGUAGAAUUCUUGAAUACUUCAGUGACAUUCAAGCUAAUUCAGGGGACAGGGCCCGUUCAUAUGUACGGUCAAAAUUUAUAUGGCCAAAAUUUAUACGGUGAAAACUCUGUUGAGUAUGGUGAAGUCCCUUGGUCUGAAAAUGAAGAAAUGGAUGAUGAAGAUGAUGAUGAAUAUGAUGAAGAAGUGUCACCGCCACCACAAACAAAUGGAAAAAAUGGCCAUAAAAGAAAAUGAAUGUAAAUUGCAUUCAGCAGUAAGAAAUUAAUGGUUAUACCCAAGUUAAGUUUAUUACAUAAAAGGAUUGUAAUAGAAAUCAUAUUUUUGUAUAUUUAAAAUAAGAAUAUUGACCGUAUGUCGAAAGUUUGCUACCUUUAAAAUAAUUAAAAGGAAAAUGUAUUAGUGUACUAUGGAAUGAUGAUAAAAAUUAAUACAAUAAGGAAACAAAUUUUAACUACGAAAGUAAUUUUUAUAUUAGAAAAAGUAAUUUCAAUUUUACUGUACAACUUCCAUUUAUUUUCUUAUAUAGUAAUAAUAUUAACUCUAUUAAUAAGAGACUUUUCUAAACGAAAACCA